AUGGAAUCUAGGGACCCACAUUCCUCGCCGAGAAACAACCAAUCACAAGCGCUGCUAAAAAACGUUCCUCGCAUGAACCACAGCGCCUCAGACCAUGAUUUUGUUUCAAAGACCUUCUGGUAUUGCAUUCCGUUCACGAACUGGCCUGAUGCGAUUGACAUUUUCAACUUCAUUUUCGAGAUCAGUGGCAUGAUACUAAAUAUGCUCAUCACAAUAUUACUAUUUCGAUUGCAGCAUGGACCCAAGACCAGCCUGACGCUUCUUCGAACAUUGGCUAUCCACAGUCUACUUUCAUGCAUAAUCAACUUUGCAAAUGAUGUGAAUCCGAAAAGCAUUUCCACCAAAAGUGUCAUUUUCAACCAGAUUGUGUGCGUCCUUUGGCACUCCCGGUUUUUCUACUGGAUAUUCACGGUGGCAGCCAUCGAAUGCCUCGUCUUCUUCUCCAUUGACAGGGCGAUCUUGAUGCAAAAACCGGACUUGUAUCAGUUCACUUCGGAGAAACGACGCAUCACCUUCUUCGAGGUCACAACUCACGUCUUUAGUGUUUUAAUUACAGCUCCGCAAAUACUCACUGUGAAUAUUCAGAGCGGGAGGUGCUAC